AACAGUCACUGCAAAACCAGUCCUCCACACCGCAGGAGUUGCGCGUUUGUCGCAGCUUUCCCCCCGCAGAGUGGAACACGGCAGAGGCUAUUUCUAGAUGCAGCCGGACGAAAAACUGCCCUUUCGGCGUCGUUGAAAACUUGCUUGUUUCGGUUUGAUAUGUGACAUUAUUUCUCCCUGUGUAGUUAUAUCUUCGCGUGUCCGUCACUGACAACCGACCGCAGUUUUUACGGUCUUUACCGGGUUUAGGUGUCGUUAAUUUAAAUGUUGUAGUAUUAGCAGCCAGUUUCCCAACCGGGAGCAAUCAGCGACUUCACAGUUGCUGAACACUAAAACAGAAAAACGGCUUCAGCACCGAGGUAGCAGAGGAGGAGGAAAGCCCCCAAACUCAUAGGAUAUGGAGUCGACCAAAGCUGGAGGCGUAAUAGCCUACAUCAGCUCGUCCAGCUCUGGCUCUAGCCCAGAGUCGUGCCACAGCGACUCCUCCAACGGCAGCUACCAGUCGUCCUCCCCGCCCCACGGCUCCUCGCCCAGCCGCCACCAGCUGGGUCAGCCGGCUGACCCCGCACUUCCCGCAGCUGGCCAAAACCUUCCAUUAACUCAGAAAAGCGGACGCUCCUCCUCCUCCACUGCAAAAUGUGGCAUCACAAAAAUCAACGGCCUGGUGCUGCUGUGUAAGGUGUGCGGCGACGUGGCCUCUGGUUUCCACUACGGCGUCCAUGCCUGCGAGGGCUGUAAGGGCUUCUUCAGGAGGAGCAUCCAGCAGAACAUCCAGUAUAAGAAGUGCCUUAAGAACGAGAGCUGCCCCAUCAUGAGGAUCAACAGGAACCGCUGCCAGCAGUGCCGCUUCAAGAAAUGCCUGAUGGUGGGGAUGUCCCGAGACUCUGUGCGCUUUGGCCGUAUCCCCAAGCGGGAGAAACAGCGCAUGCUGCUGGAGAUGCAGAGUGCCAUGAACAACAUGAUGAACAACAGUCAGCUGCACAGCCAGCUGGACAGCAGCCAGACGCUACCUAUCGGCAAAGCGCUGCCGGCCAGUGCCACAGAACAUACCUCCGAGGACGCCGGCCCCGUCCCAUCCAGCCAAUCAGACUCCAGCUCUGACCCUGAACCCACCGUGGCCAUGGACACCAGUCCCAGCUCGGCCUCGCCUAGCACGUCAGACAGCGGGGAGGAGGAGGUGAUUGGCUCGGUGACCAGGGCCCACCAGGAGACCUUCAUGUACAACCAGGAGCAGAGCAGCCUGACAGCAGAAGCCCCGCCCCCCACGGGCUCCCUGAACAGUGGCCCUGCCAAAAACAUCACUAACCACCGGACAGAGGAGCAGCAGGAUGCCUGGAACCACCACAACAACAUGGUCACCGUGGCAGCACAGGACCCCCCCUCCAGCCUGGGCCCCCAGGGUCAGGAGGACAACGCCACCACCAACCACUGCCCCUUCAGACUGUCCAGGAGGGCCGCCACCAGCCACUGUCCAGCCUACACAUACGGAGCUUUCAGAGCCCCGUCCACAGAGGGCCCUGCCAACGGAGCCCACAGUGGGCCCCUGUGGAGAGGAGGCAACAGAAUGCAUCUGGUUUGUCCGAUGAACACGUCUCCCCAUGUGGACCCUCACAAGUCUGGCCACGAGGUUUGGGAGGAGUUUUCCCACAGCUUCACCCCCGCUGUCAGGGAGGUGGUGGAGUUUGCGAAGAAGAUCCCAGGCUUCAGAGAUCUGUCCCAGCCUGACCAGGUCAGCCUGCUGAAGGCUGGCACCUUUGAGGUGUUGGUGGUUCGCUUUGCGUCGCUGUUCGAUGUGAAGGACCGCACCAUCACCUUUCUGGGUGGGAAGAAGUACAGCGUGGACACUCUGAGAGCCAUGGGGGCCGGAGACCUCCUCAACUCCAUGUUUGACUUCAGUGAGAAGCUCAUCAACCUGGGCCUCAGUGAGGAGGAGAUGAGCCUCUUCACUGCUGUGGUUCUGGUCUCUGCAGAUCGUUCAGGCAUAGAGAACGUGAACUCGGUGGAGGCCCUGCAGGAGACGCUGAUCCGCGCCCUGCGAAGCCUCAUCACCAAGAACCACCCCAACGAGUCGGCCAUCUUCACCAAGCUGCUGCUCAAACUGCCCGACCUGCGCUCGCUCAACAACAUGCACUCUGAGCAGCUGCUGGCCUUCAAGGUCCAUUCCUGAGGUUUCCUCUAGUACUUGACACCCGACACAAACUAUAACGGUCUGUGACUGGACCUGGAGGCCCACACAGACCAACCAGCUCCGCCUCACCUCCCAACCACACCUGCACCUCCACACUUCUCCCGUAAGGCUUUGGGUUCUGUUCCUUCAGUCUCUAAAUUGAACUAAAGCUUAAAACUGACAUUUAAAGGGGGAAGAAGACCAUAAAAUGUUCUUGUACUGUAGGGCGUAACUGCCUGUGUGAUGGUAAUGCAUACAUACAGACACACUGAUUGAUGUAUAUGUUUCUUGUGUUUGUGUGUAGCAUACUGUAUGUUUGCAACUGUACAAACAUUAGAAGCACUUUUCUGUAUAGUGUAGACUGCUAUUUUUGCAUUCAUAGUGCAAUAUGUGACUGCUUUUUGAUUUGAGCUGUCUAGUGAGGAGUCAUGAAACUUGUGUGUACUUUUCAGUGGCACACGUUAAUUUGAAUAGGUGUCGUGCUCAUGUGAUAAGGGGGAAGUUGCAAACCGAACCCCCGGACGCUGAAUGACAGAUGAGGUAGAAUUCUCUUUUUAAAAACAAAAGAAAGCCGACGACAAUGAGAGGAAUGUGGACGUAAAGCUGCUAAAGAGUCCCAGCUUUCCAGUUUGGUCACCAGAGAAAUUAGAGGAUGUUGUUUAGUUUGAAUGAAAUAAUCAAAAGAAGGCGGUCUUAUGUCAGGCUUUUCAUGCAGUUGUUUACGUGCUAAUGCUGUGUUUUUGUCAGUUUGGAUCAUUUUAUAAAUUAUUUGGGCAUUGUGACAAAUCAAAUGUAUCAGUGUGACUAGUGCUUGCUGAUUUCUACACACGGAUCAUUGGAAAUGGAGAAACACUGAACCAAUGAAAUCAAAAUCUCGACUUGUUUGAACAUCUUGGAGAUACAUUUCCUCUUCCUCUUCUCUUAUAUAUAUUUUUCCUUUUAAAGAAGAAAAAAAAAAAAGAUUUCUGAGAUCCCGGUGCCUCAAUCUCCCUCGGGAUCAAUAAAGUAUCUAUCUAUCUAUCUGUCUAUCUGUCCUGUGUGUCCCAGGUCGUGUUGAGUUUCCUACCUGCUAAGCAGUUCAGAUACUUGAUGUUUCUGUCGGACACUGGACGGCAGAGAAAGCAUCUCGCAGUCACCAGCAACUCCCACAUGCUUGAAUAAACUCCAUUUCUGUUUUACAGACUUUAGCUGAGUGUAGUUGAACUGAAUAGGUAGGACUAUUCCACUUAAAAUGAUUGUAAUAUCACUGAAGUGAUUGUAAUUUAAAGAAAUUAGCUGAGUCGAGGUGACGGCUGAGUUGCUGGUGUUCAGAUAUUUUGGUGACGCCAUCUUUUUGUUCCCUGUCGGUGAAUUCAGAAUGUCUGGCCUUUUUAAAAUCCAGAGCUUCUGUCAUUGUGUUAACAUUGCUGACAUGUGGUUCUGUUCUCCUCUGUGAAAGGAUUGCAGUAUGCAUAGAUUUCUAUAUAAAUAUAUACAUACUGUCAUACAUACAUAACUGUAUAGAUGAAUAUAUCUGUAUAAAUAAAUUUUAUAAAUGCA